GCACGAGCGAUCUUUUGGGUACAACCACCACGGCCUAUAAGGCUCCCGAGUAGCUGGACUUGUCUGUCAUUUUUUACCGUUGACCCUGGUGUUUCACUUUCUGAACUUUGUAGUCUAACCAUAUCUCCUUACAUCCUUGACAGUCUAAAACUCAUGGACAAACAGCAGCCUGUUCUAUCAUCCCGCAACCAGGCCCGCAUCACCCCUGGGGCUGUUGUUUGUUCCGAAUGUGAACUCUGUGGUGAAGUUGUGAUUGGCGCAGGUACAAUUGUUCAUCCAAAAGCACGCAUCGUCGCUGAGGCUGGUCCCAUUCAUAUCGGUGCUUUCAAUCUGAUCGAAGAACAAGUUGAGAUAAUCAACCACACCCCAGAUACAGUUUUGAAAAUUGGAGACCAUAAUGUAUUCGAGGUUGGUGCGCGCUGUGAAGCCAUGGAGAUUGGCGAUAAUAACGUGUUUGAAGCAAAAAGUUGUGUUGGCCCGCACAUGCGGAUCACAAACGGUUGCGUUAUCGGUGCCAUGUGCUCCUUGAUGUCGGAUGAAACGCUUCCCGAAUGUACAGUGAUCUAUGGUGAGCAGGAUUUGGAUCGUCGUUUCUUGCCAAAUUAUGUAAGAUGGACACUGAGAGAUGACAAUAGCCUGAAGGUAUCUCUCAAAUAUUGCCCACUUGAGAAACUGUCAUCCGCAAUGAACGAAACACUACUUCCAGGAGAGAGUGGUAGUGUUGCCGAAGUGUUGGGCUCUUCGGGAGGAAUCGGACAUUCAAGCUCGACUGAGCCGACAGAUGCAGCUACCGCAACCGCUCUAACAGCGGCUUUCCACUUUACUGGUACUUCAGCCUCUGCGAAUGGUGCGACCAUGCAAGAAUACUUCAUUCAGAACUCCGGUGUCCAGAUUAGUGCUGGUAAGAACCCUGUCAAUCUGGAAUGCGCGGAUGACGUCAUCGUUUUUGAAGACCAAGGUGAAGCACAAGCCCUGUUGAAUAAACUGACCACCGUCAUACCAUCUUUCAGCAUUCGCCUUGUACCCUCAAUGCAAAGUAAUGCUUCAGAAUGUGCAAUCUCUGAACAGACCCUUACAAUUCAAGGAGAAUCACCGGAGGUUGUGGAGAACUUUGCUUGCCUCGGUAGUUGUAUUAGCUCUGACGGAAUUGUGUCUGAUGAAGUCAUUGCACGAAUUUCAAGGGCCUGGAUCACGUUUGCUGAUUGGCGUCACUUGUGGCUUCGAAAAGACAUAUCACUAGAUCUUAAAUGUCGCAUGUACCAUGCCACGUCCGUUGUAUCCUCCCCACAGCAACACGAACUUCUGGUUACCCGGUUGAGAGGUCUUAGUCGUGAGUGGAGUGAAUUUUGUGAUCAGGAGAUUUCUUUCCAACUUGGGAGUGAGGAUCGUGGUGAUUCUGCAAGCGUUCCGCGCUCGAUAUCGGGCAGUACAACUUCUGCAGGUGUUUUGUCCACAGUGGCCCCGGCAGCUACCAGUUCCAUGGUGAAUGUACGACUUCGCAGAAGCCUUCUUCCCGCAAUGCAGUUCCCUGAUCGUAGACUUUCAGCUUUGCGAUAUUUGGGAGCCGUGGAGACGGAUAGGACGGUAUCUAGGCGAAGUUGUUUGGAGGUACCAGUCACCGGUCCACUGGUAUGCUUUCUGCAAGAAUUAGGCUUUGAGCCGGAAUUCACCUAUGUUGCGGAGGGUCUCAUAUUUAUACGGGGUCGCGUCAAGGUCUGUGUGUACACCGUGAAUGAAGUGGUGCAGUUUGAAUCCCCCGUUCCGUCGAUGCCCGGAACGGAUGGAAUCUCAGGGCAGGAUUCCUACCCAAAAGAAUGGCGUCGUGUGUGCCCAAACAGCUGGCUGGUGGAAAUUAGUGCCGUUGGCAGUCCGGCAGACGAGAGCCUUCAGGAUGAAGUUGCUGAAUUUGCCGAUCUCUUGUUUCCCGUAAUUGUUCCAGGUAAACUCGAUAACUCCUUAUUCAUGAGGAAGUAGUGAUCCCGUUUGAACUCUGCCUUUCUGUAAAUACCUGCAUUGCUCACUUCGCGUCCUGUAUAAAUGUAAGUAAUGUGCAAUUAAACUAUUGUGGUCCAGUGUUUUC